AAUACUAGUUCGUCACCAAUGCUUCAACCUUGCUUAGAGCAACUAGAUGAACAACACAAACAACAGCUUCAGACACAAGAAGCUGCUGUUGUACAGAUAGAUAAUGAUCCUAAGCAGAGUCCCCUUAAUCCAUGUCCUACCCAUGGCUUCAUCAAUAAAUCAAUUUCAACUCUAUACCGCGUUUCCUUCAAUCAAAAUGGUAGUUGUUUCGCCAUUGGCACUGAUUGCGGCAUUAGUGUCUAUAGUUGUGACCCUUACUGUGAGAUGUUUCGACGAUACUUUGAUAAUGGAGGUGGUAUUGGAAUUGUUGAGAUGCUCUUCAGAAGCAAUAUAUUAGUCUUUGUGGGAAAUGGAGAUAAUCCACAGUAUCAUCGAAACAAGGUCAUAAUUUGGGAUGACCAUCAGAACCGUUGCAUCGGAGAGCUCCGUUUCAGGUCGGCUGUGCGCGGUGUGCGGCUUCGACGGGACUGCAUUGUAGUUAUACUUGAGCAGAAGAUAUUUAUAUAUAAUUUUGCUGAUCUGAAGCUCGUCCACCAGAUUGAGACAAUUUCAAACCCAAAAGGACUCUGUGAAAUUUCACAAACGGCUGUAUCACCUGUGCUGGUGUGCCCUGGGUUGCAAAAUGGUCAAGUUCGGGUUGAUCAUUUCACAUCAAAAAGGACUAAGUUUAUCUUUGCACAUGAUUCUAGGAUUGCAUCUUUUGCUCUUAGUCAUGAGGGGAAUGUGCUGGCAACAGCAAGUAUCAAGGGUACUCUUAUCCGGAUUUUCAGCACGCAGGAUGGUACAUUGUUACAGGAGGUAAGGAGAGGUGCUGAUAGAGCAGAAAUUCACAGUGUUUCAUUCGAUCCAACUGCUCAGUGGCUAGCAGUCUCUAGUGACAAAGGCACAGUUCAUGUUUUUAGGCUUAAGGUCAAUCUAGGGAAUCAGGAUAAGACAAGAACUACUCCUAAUUUCCGUGGUACUUUGGCUGCAGCGAGUUCACCACUAUCCUUCAUCAAAGGAGUACUUCCAAAGUAUUUUAGCUCAGAAUGGUCUGUGGCUCAAUUCAGAUUUCCCGGAGAUUCCGAGUUCAUUGUUACUUUUGGUCAUGAAAAGAAUACAUUGUUAAUUCUUGGCUUGGAUGGAAGGUAG